AUAAAUUUUUUUUCUUCUUCUUCAUAUAUACACAAACCAAACGCUGAAAGUCAAAAACUUCCCCAAGAAGUUUCCCUCCAAAUCAAAACUCUUCAAUAUUCCCUCCAAAUUUUCAAAACCCCAGUGAAAAAAAUCACACCCACUACUCCGAAUUAGUUCCUUUUUCGUUCUAUAUAUUUUGAAGAGGGAAUCAGAUCAUCUCACAGAUCUCGCUUCCUCUCCUUCUAAAUUCCCUCUGAUUUCAAUUCAAAAUCUGCCCUACUUUUUACUUUUCUUGAUCUCCAAUCUGCUCCAUGGACUCUUUUAGGAGCUCGUUGUCGUUGACCACCACCGACGGCGGCACCGUGAGAGCAGGAUCAUAUCCCCGCGUCGCCGGCGAGGUCCACGUAAUCAUCGGCCCCAUGUUCGCCGGGAAAACCACCGCGCUCCUCCGCCGGAUAAAAUCCGAGAGCAACAGUGGCAGGAAUGUGGUGAUGAUCAAGUCAAGCAAGGACACGAGGUACGCAAUUGAUUCGGUAGUAACACACGAUGGGGCCAAAUUUCCAUGCUGGGCACUGCCAGAUCUUUCGUCUUUCCGUCAGAAAUUUGGAGAAGAUGCUUACGAUAAGCUGGAUGUGAUUGGUGUUGAUGAAGCUCAAUUUUUUGACGAUCUUUAUGAUUUUUGCUGCAAUGUUGCUGACAAAGAUGGCAAAAUUGUUAUAGUUGCUGGCCUUGAUGGAGAUUACCUAAGGAGGAGCUUUGGUUCAGUUCUUGAUGUUGUACCUCUGGCUGACACAGUGACAAAGUUGACAGCUAGAUGUGAACUUUGUGGCAAAAGAGCCUUCUUUACCUUGAGGAAGACAGAGGAGACAAGGACCGAGCUUAUUGCUGGGGCCGAUGUCUAUAUGCCAGUGUGCCGCCAGCACUAUGCCAAUGGUCAACAAGUGAUACAAGCUUCCAAGAAUGUCCUGGGAUCUCGUACUGUCACAACUGGCUCAAAUCUAGAGGCACUUGCUUCACUUAAUUAAAUCCACAAUCUAUUUCAGUUUCGUCUCUCUCUAUUUCAAGUGUUUCAUCAAACAGCUGAAACCAGCCUUUUUUCUUGUGUUUGGAAAUAGGAUUAGGAUUAGGAUGUAAUUCAACCAAUAUUAUAUAGUACUACAUUUUUUCUUCUGGAAUA